AUUAUCCCCUUCCACCAAAAAUAUUAUGGUAUUUGUCAACAUGAAUACGAGCAGACCGGUAUCUGUUGAUAUACACGUGCUGUUUUUUGCUAAGUGCCGUGAAUUAUCUCAAACUACUCGCUCAGUAUUUACAGUCCCAUCUGAAAUUAGAGCCUCUGAUUUACUAGACAAGAUCGUUAUACAAUUUGGCCUAACGACCAUACGGCAUAAUUUGAUUAUUGCUCAUAACGAAUCGUUUGUCGAAAACUUAAAUGACAGUAUAUUUUUGAAAGACGGUGACGAAUUAGCUGUAAUACCGCCUCUAAGUGGAGGCUAAGCCAGUCGAAAUGAACCACAUUAAAUUGAUUGACUGCCCAAUCGACGUCACUUAUGCAAUAAAUUUAAUAAGUGAUCCGAGUUGCGGAGCCUCUUCAAUUUUUAUAGGAACCACACGGGAUAGC